GGAGCUGGAGGCGGGGCAGGCGGCAGGCCGUGUUUGCCCGCAGCUCAGGGCUGUGUUUCCCCUGGGUCCCAGGAGUGAGUCACGGUGGAGUCGGUGGAGUCGCUGAUGAGGUGCUGGCACAGCACCCCACCCCCACCGGGCGAGGGGCUGGGCGCAGGCUUCAUCUCCGGGGUGCUAGAGGCUGUGCAUCUCCCUUCCAGGCCUUCAGAGCCAUCUUGAGAGUUGGGCCAAGGAGAUUGUGUGAUAGAGGGGAAGAAGCUUGCCGUUCUCAUACCAAAGACCUGGGUUUGAAUCCCAGCUGAAUGGCUCUGGGACCUCGUGCGAGGCUGCCACGGGCUCUGAGACUUGAUUUCCUGGUCUUUCGUGUGGGGAUUUGCUCACAUGCGCGUGUUAACUCCCGGUGGAUUCUAAUGCACCCUACAGAUGUGAACGGUCACCCUCGACUCUCCUGUGCCCAUUGCAGAGCUUGGCAGAAGGGCCUUCCGAGUGAGGACACAGAGGGAGGAAUGUGGCAGUGUCCCCGUUUCUCCUGCAAACCACUGAGUGUAACCUUGGGCGCAUGGCUCUCUGUGCCUCAGUUUCUCCAUCUCUGUAAUAUGAAAAUAAUCAUAGUUUCAAGCUCCUGGAGUUGUUCUCAAGAUUAAAGUAAGUAAGGUUAGCACCGUGUCUGGUAUGAAGUCAGUACACACAGAAUAUUAUCACUGUUAUUGAUGUUAUUGUUCAUAUUUUUGAAGGUCAGGGAUAGGGAAUGUUAAAGACAUGAAGAACAGAAACUGGGCUCGGCCCCAGUUCACAGGAAAAACCAGGCCAAAUUCACUGUUCCAGAUUCCUCCACCCAUAAGGGCCUGGAACGGCAGGAGUCUAUAGCCAGAAGUCGCAGGGUGGACCCCUUCUCUCUUUCACUCCCCCACCCCUGGCCUCUCCCAGUGAGGCAGGAUGCGGGGGAACCUGAGGGCCUCGCUGCCAGCUGGCCCCGGGGAGGGUCUGGGAUGGGACUGGCCCUGAUGGCCCUGCUGUGGAGUAAGUACCUUGCCAGCAUCUGUUGGGGUGACCUUUCUUUUAGCCCCCUCCUUGGCAGCUUUUAAGAGGAGCGUGAGGCAGAGGAGGGAUGAGAAGGUCAGUGAUGUCAGCAGUCUGUAUUCCCAGCACAGUGGCCCUGGAAGAGGCAGCAGGCAUUUCUUUCAGGAAAUGAUCAUUAUUCAGCCUACAGGCAUCCAUUAAGUCAGUCCUGACUUUGUGCCCAGGCCUGUGCUAGGCCCUCUGUGUGAUUCGGGAGAAGCGGAGGAUGCUGAGCUGUAGAUAAUGCGGAACUCCAGAGGAUAUGGGGUCCAAGAAUAUAAUACGUGGAAUCAGUGAAAGCCCUACGUCCCAGUUCUCACGGGAACCAGAGGUCGCAUCCUGACUUUGCCGCCCGUUGGCAGUGCCGUCUUGAUAUCGUGUGGGUGCACAUACACACAUCAGUUCUGUUUUAUUAUUCCAGAGGCAGUUCCUGUGCAUCGUAGGCAAUCAGACAACACAGAGGAGCAAAAAUGAAAGAAUAAGAAACAUCCCAAUCCCAGCAGUGGGAGAUCACUGCCAGGGUACCUCAGUGUACACCUUCCCAUCUCCUGACAUGCCUUUAUACACGGUGCUUCUUACCAAAACGAGACCAUACCACGUAUGCCAUUCUUUUCAGUCAGUGAUCUCCACCUUCCAGUGCAGUAAAUUUUCAUCUCAUCGCAUUCGCAGUUGGCUAGAAAUUGUCCUUCACAGCUGGUUUGUCCAAAUCUGUACCCAGGACUGUGCAUCUGGCUUUUGAAUUCCCUGAAAGCUGUGUUAAGCACCCUGGCUGGAUCUGUGGUCUGGAAAAACCCCAGCUGAGUGAGUCUCAAGGGCAGCCCUGGCCACAAAAGGGAAUCGUGUCACCUGGAGAAUCUGCCCGACAGAGUUCUGCCAUCUUCCAAAAAUAACAGGCAAAAUGAGUGGGAUUCUGGGGCAUCACGGGGAUGGGGAUCUGGUAUUCACUGUCAUGAAUAUUAAUGUGGCAUCCCUGUGAGUGCCAGCAUUCAUAGCUUGUUGCUAUUCACGGACUCAUAUCCGUGAUGCCCCAGGCCAUGGAGCAGGCCGGGGUCUCGCUGUGGCCUCUCUCCCUGCCCCAGGUCCAAGGGUGCUGAUGGCUGUUUGGUGUUGUUCCUAGUUCCCGGGAGCCUGCCCUGAAGAUGGGUGCUCCCUUUUGCACUUGUGGGCACCUCCAUCCUUGCCCGUGGCCUGCCCGGGUGUGUGAGGCCUGGGCAAGAGAGGGAGAGAGAAAAAGAGAGAGAGAGAGAGAAAGCGCGCACCCAUCCCCUCCCUGGGGGAUUCGGUUCACUCCCAAGUAGCCGCUGGGGGAUGGGGGUGGGGGUCUUGCUCUGGUUACGCAACGUGCAUUUUAGACAGGGCUUGACAGUUUCCAGAGGGCUUUCACACAGCAGUGAUGCUCCCUGGCACCUGGGGGUUUGCUUGUUUAGUUAUACCCUGCUGGGGGCAGCUUACAGGAAAUGAUAAAAUGGUAAUAUGUACAUUUAAAAAGCAGGGAAAACGUAAGAUGAAAAAGGGAGUGAGGAUGGGGUCGUAAGAUGAAAAAGGAAGUGAGGAUGGGGUCGCGGAGUGCCUCCUGGACAUGAAGAAGCAUGUGAGGGACAUGGGCAGAGAUGAUUCAGUUUUUAUUUUUGUUGUUGUUUGCUGGAUGGAGUACCGGCACUGUGAGAACAUGUGAGUCACGCCCAGGCCUUCAGAUGUUGGGACCGCACUAUGUCCUGUGUGACCCCUUGGUGGCCUUACCUCACCUUGGUGGGUGGGACUAGUUGUAAACACCAGUGUAGUGAUUAUAGCUUAGGUUCUGGAGUCCCAGAAGCCCCACUUACCACCUGUGUGACCUCGGCAAGUUUCUUAACCUCUCUGAGCCUCAGUUUCCUUCCUUUGUAACGUGAGGAUGGUAGCAGUAUCGACCUCAUGGGGUGGUUGUGAGGACCAAAGGAGAUAGUACAAGUCAGACACUCAGCACAGUAACCAGCACCCAGUAAGCAUUCAGCACGUGGUUGUUGAUCAUACUAAUAUUACUAGUUACUGCUAAUAAUAAAAUAAUAAUGAUGGACAUUAAUAUCAUAGCUUAAGCUUUUCCCUGGCAGUCUCGGGAGUGGGCUGAGUGGCCUCGUGGGUGGCACAGGUGAGGGGAGCCAGGAAGGCACAUCUGGGAGAGGCAGAACCGGCGGGAGGCAGAGGUGGGGUGCACAGGGAAGCAGGGUCUCCAGAAGCUGCUGAGGGAUCAGUGAGGGCGAGGGCAUGCACAGGAGACCUCAGAGGGGAGAAAGGAGCGGUUCCGAGACAGCCCCGGGGCGGUGACUGUGCUUCCUGUUGGGGCAAGCGCUGGCCCUUGAGAAAGACUGGCUGGGGCUGGCGGGCGGCUAAGAGGGAGCAGCUGGUCUAAGUGGGGCACCAGGGGGUGGGGGAGGGGGAGAGACAAAGGCAGAAGCUGAUAGAAACUCGACUCUUCUCCCCGUGUUACAGAUGGGGGCCCCAUCUUGACUGCUCGGGCUGUUUUGCUUAUGAUAGGAAAGAUGGUGGUUAGACAUCAUGCUGAACUUCCUGUUUCAGGGAUUGGUGCUCCGGGAACAGGGGAGUGAGGAUGGGACCCAGGUGAGCCCGGGUGCCCACUGCCCCAGUCCCCCUGGCACAGGCUGCCCCAGGCCCUGCGCAGACACGCCAGGCCCUCAGCCCCAGCCCAUGGACCUGCGGGUGGGCCAGCGGCCCCCGGUGGAGCCCCCGCCGGAGCCCACGCUGCUGGCCCUGCAGCACCCCCAGCGCCUGCACCACCACCUCUUCCUGGCUGGCCUGCAGACCCAGCGCUCGGCGGAGACCAUGAGGGUAAAGAUAGAGCUCCCCACGCACGCAGCGGCCUCGAGCUCAGACCCGGCACCCCUCCCUCCCUUCAGCCUCCCCAGACCCUCGCCUCCGUCUCCAACUCCUCGCCCCUCCCUGGGCGGCCGGCCCUCCCCACAGCUCUCAAUGGACACGCCGUUGCCCGAGUUGCAGGUGGGGCAGCAGGAGCAGGAGCUGCGGCAGCUUCUCAAUAAGGACAAGAGCAAGCGCAGUGCCGUAGCCAGCAGUGUGGUCAAGCAGAAGCUGGCAGAGGUGAUUCUGAAGAAACAGCAGGCAGCCUUAGAGAGGACGGUCCAUCCCAAUAGCCCCAGCGUUCCCUACAGAACUCUUGAGCCCUUGGAGACGGAAGGAGCUGCCCGUUCCAUGCUCAGCAGCUUCCUGCCUCCUGUACCCAGCCUGCCCAGCGACCCCCCAGAACACUUCCCUCUGCGUAAGACAGUCUCUGAGCCCAACCUGAAGCUGCGCUACAAGCCCAAAAAGUCCCUGGAGCGGAGGAAGAACCCGCUGCUGCGGAAGGAGAGCGCCCCGCCCAGCCUCCGGCGGCGGCCGGCAGAGACCCUCGGCGACUCCUCCCCCAGUAGUAGCAGCACGCCGGCGUCAGGGUGCAGCUCCCCCAAUGACAGCGAGCACGGCCCCAACCCGGUUCUGGGCUCCGAGGCGCUCUUGGGCCAGCGGCUGCGGCUGCAGGAGACCUCUCUGGCUCCGUUCGCCUUGCUGCCCACAAUCACGCUGGGGCUGCCCGCCCCUGCCAGGGCUGAUGGUGACCGCAGGACCCAUGCGACUCUGGGCCCUCGGGCACCAGUCCUGGCGAGUCCCCAUGCUCCCCUCUUCCUGCCCCAUGGCCUGGAGCCCGAGGCUGGAGGCCCCCUGCCCUCUCGCCUGCAGCCCAUUCUCCUCCUGGAUCCUUCGGUCUCUCACGCCCCCCUGCUGACUGUGCCCGGGCUUGGGCCCCUGCCCUUCCACUUUGCCCAGUCCUUACUGACCACCGAGCGGCCCUCCGGGUCAGGCCUCCACCGGCCGCUGAGCCGGACCCGCUCAGAGCCCCUGCCCCCAAGCGCCACUGCCCCCCCACUGCUGGGCCCCCUGCAGCCCCGCCUGGAGCGGCUCAAACCUCAUGUCCAGCUGAUCAAGAGGCCAGCCAAGCCGAGUGAGAAGCCCCGACUGCAGCAGAUACCCUCGGCGGAGGACCUCGAGACAGAUGGCGGGGGCGUGGGGCCGCUGGGGGAUGACGGCCUGGAGCACAGGGAGGCCAGCCAUGGGCAGCAUGAGGCCCGAGGCCCUGUUCCUCUCCAGCAGCACCAGCAGGUGUACCUCUGGGAGCAGCAGCGACUGGCUGGGCGGCUCCCCCGGGGAGCCACUGGGGACUCCGUGCUGCCUCCCCUGGCCCAGGGUGGUCACCGGCCUCUGUCCAGGGCUCAGUCUUCCCCAGCCGCGCCUGCCUCCCUGCCAACCCCAGAGCCCACCAGCCAGGCCCGUGUCCUGCCCAGCUCAGAGACCCCUGCCCGGACCCUGCCCUUCACCACAGGGCUGGUCUAUGACUCAGUAAUGCUGAAGCACCAGUGCUCCUGCGGAGACAACAGCCGGCACCCGGAGCACGCGGGCCGCAUCCAGAGCAUCUGGUCCCGGCUGCUGGAGCGGGGGCUCCGGAGCCAGUGUGAGUCUCUACGGGGCCGGAAGGCCUCCCUGGAGGAGCUGCAGUCAGUGCACUCGGAGCGGCACGUGCUCCUCUACGGCACCAACCCGCUCAGCCGCCUCAAACUGGACAAUGGGAAGCUGGCAGGGCUCCUGGCACAGCGGAUGUUCGUGAUGCUGCCCUGCGGUGGCGUUGGGGUGGAUACCGACACCAUCUGGAACGAGCUGCACUCCUCCAACGCGGCCCGCUGGGCUGCCGGCAGCGUCACUGACCUCGCCUUCAAAGUGGCUUCCCGAGAGCUAAAGAACGGUUUUGCUGUGGUUCGGCCCCCAGGACACCAUGCAGACCAUUCCACAGCCAUGGGCUUCUGCUUCUUCAACUCAGUGGCCAUCGCCUGCCGGCAGCUGCAACAACAGGGCAAGGCCAGCAAGAUCCUCAUCGUGGACUGGGACGUUCACCAUGGCAACGGCACACAGCAGACCUUCUAUCAGGACCCCAGCGUGCUCUACAUCUCCCUUCAUCGCCACGACGAUGGCAACUUCUUCCCAGGCAGUGGGGCUGUGGAUGAGGUGGGAGCUGGCAGCGGUGAGGGCUUCAAUGUCAAUGUGGCCUGGGCUGGAGGUCUGGACCCCCCAGUGGGGGAUCCUGAGUACCUGGCCGCCUUCAGGAUAGUCGUGAUGCCCAUCGCCCGGGAGUUCUCUCCGGACCUGGUCCUGGUGUCAGCUGGGUUUGAUGCUGCCGAGGGUCACCCACCCCCACUGGGCGGCUACCAUGUUUCCGCCAAAUGUUUUGGGUACAUGACGCAGCAGCUGAUGAGCCUGGCGGGAGGCGCGGUGGUGCUGGCCUUGGAGGGUGGCCACGAUCUCACAGCCAUCUGUGACGCCUCUGAGGCCUGUGUGGCUGCUCUUCUAGGCAACAAGGUGGAUCCCCUCUCAGAAGAAGGCUGGAAACAGAAACCCAACCUCAAUGCCAUCCGCUCUCUGGAAGCUGUGAUCCGGGUGCACAGUGAAUACUGGGGCUGCAUGCAGCGCCUGGCCUCCUGUCCAGACUCCUGGGUGCCCAGGGUGCCAGGGGCCGAUGCAGAAGUGGAGGCAGUAACUGCACUGGCAUCCCUCUCCGUGGGCAUCCUGACUGAAGAGCGGACCUCAGAGCAGCUGGUGGAGGAGGAAGAACCCAUGAAUCUUUAGGCUACAGGACGGAUCUGCCCCCUGCCGCGCCCUGCCCCGCCCUGCCCUUCGGACCUGGUUCUCUUCCAACCUCUGGCAACAGUACCCGUUCCCGGGGUCUUCAGAGAUCCUUCGGGCAGGUAGUCGGGGCCAGAGAACAGCCUCUUGACAGUCACCCCAAGGAGCCUGGGAAGGCCCCUGGGUCUAGCAUAGGGACCAAAGAAGACCCUGACAGGAGGCCGGCUGCGUAGCCAGCCGGGCCCCAGUAGGGCUCUCCCCGAAGCACAGUCUACCCCUCUGGGGUCUGGGCCCCUAGCUGGGCCCCCGAUCCUCAGGCCUGCACAGAGGAGGACUGGCACAGCCGGGCCCGCUCACAACCACUAUUCCUGGUUCUGUAGACCCCCGACUUUGCACACAGCCCCAGGCUCCACACAGAAAUGUGAACUCGGCCUCCGCCAGAGUGGCCCUUCCUAGGCUCUGGGGGAGGGAGGAUGGGUAGCAGGGGCAAAGGGGUCCCAUGUCCCUGCGUGCAGGGGGAGUCCCUCCUCUCCUGCUUCCUCAGAUGACUCUGGAAGCUUCCUCCCCACCACUGGGCAGUGAGACAGACCUCCCUCUGAGAGCAGUCAUCGGCAGGCCUCCCAUCUGGUCCCUGCCCCUGCCAGAGGCCACCUGCGUCAGCCAUCUCAGGGCUCUGGUGCAGCAGACAGGUGCUCCUGGAGUUCUUUGCUUCCUGAUCCAAUGGUGCCAAACCCUUCAUCUCCCCUCAGAAGCACAGCAUGACCCCCAGGGACCCCUCAGUAGUCACCACCCCCCUCCGUGAGCCUUCUCUUUCUGGGGUCUCCCCCACCCCAGCUGACUCCUGCCCUACGUAGGACUAGCUUGGCUGACGGGAAAGGGGGUGGGAGAGUGAAUGGAAGACAUGGGGGAGGGGAGGCUGCCCUGGCAAAGACUUCGAGGCUUCUGGGGUCCAGGCCUGGGGCCAAGAAGGAAAGUAUUUGUGUGUGUGUGUGUGUGUGUGUGUGUGUGUGUAUGUGCGUGUGCGUGUGUGUGUGUGUGAGAGAGAGACAGUAAGAGGAGGGUUUGUAUGUGUGUGCACAUGAGUGUGUCUUCCCGAGGACCACCAUGCCCUGUGUAUGUAUGCAUGUUUUUGUAAAAAAGAAAAAAAAAAUGGAAAAAAAAUCUGAACAAUAAAUGUUUUAUUUGCUUUAAA